CGAGCCUCGAAACAGGUGGCAUUUUGAGCAACAACAGCCUCAGGGUAUCCGAGCCAGUUGAAGCGACAAGUCGGGCGAAGGAGCCGCCAUAGACAGUGAAGUCUGAUAGUCUGAAUGCAAGAGAAAGUUUCUGUUCAAGGCUCUCUGAGACUGGACGUGCUUGCGUCGGUAUAUAUGUAAUUUUCGGGCUUGAGUCAAGCGUUGUAGACUCGGUCAGUGUCUCGUAGGAAGUAAACAACAUGCCCGUUGUACUGGUAUUGUUGUCCACGGAUUGGCCGGACUCGAUCCCCGCCUGCCGCGAAGGAACGGAACUUCUGGGCCGUCUUGGGCGAUUGAGUGGGAAGUUAUGCAGUAGGCUGAUCCCAGGGCUUAUCAUGAAAUUGCUUCUGUCGGAUCUCGUCAAGCGUUGUUUUCGAAACUUCCCGACCCUCGAGACCCUUUAUUUCAUUGCUGAAAAGUUCCAACACAGAUUCUGUGACUUCGUGUACGCCUUGAUGCUCAUUGAUGAAUCGGUGGUACUCGUUUGAACGUGUUCCACGCGAUCCAUCACGAGAAUCCUGACGAGGUAAAUCCCAUUAUGCCUAGGCACGCCUACUUGCGUGUCGUCGCUUUGCCUGAUAAGAAAAAUUUUCCAAAUCAACUCAAAUCCGUGGAAGAGCCCUGUCAUCUCAGGACAACUACC